CACCAACCACCGCGUAUAUUGAAGAAUCGCCUCGAGGCUCGCUACAUAGAACGGUGCAUCCUGACGCAAUUCUUUUGAAACGGCGCACUAUUGAAGAUUUGUUUGUUUAUAUAAAGAGGCCCCUUGCGCCUGCUGCCAUUGGCGCUAUUCCCUCCACCUAGCAAUGCGACAGCGCGCUGCUUAAAUGUCGCCCGAUCAUGGAUCGUCGCGGUCGCGACGAGGAGUUUGGAGUCACUGGGUGCCCCUCGCAGUUACACUUACAGUCGCGACUGUAGGUGUGGCUGCUUGGGUAUGGAGCCAGAGAAAGGACACGGAAGAGGAGGACGACAAUGGCCUUGAUUACAGUAACCAUGCCCGUGGAGGCGAUCAUCAAGCAUACGGGUCCCACGAUGUCGGCUCGCGCGACAUUCAAGGGCCGGAGAAGCCACCACGACCCGAUGGUCAAAGCCACGGAAUUGCGCAUGCGAACGAAGAAGCAACCGGCGGGGGCUGGGGUUCGCGCGUGACUGGUGCUCUGCGACGAACACCGAGCCCGCAGCAGUUCUUCGACUCGACAGCGCCCGCCGAUACGUCGUCCCAACACAUCGGCGGCAGUAGGCGACGCAAGACGGUUGCGAUUGUGGUGUCUGCCGAGACAGGCGCCGUGCCUGAAGAGGAGGAUCCGUUCCAUGAGCACGCUUCCAUACUCUCCCACAUCCCUCGACACAUCGAUCACUCCAAGGUCAAGCUAUUUGUUCUGAUUUACGCUCCUGGUUUGAAGGAACCCGCCGUGGAUACUGCUAAUAGUAACCUUCCGCCACCUUCGCUAAGCUCCUCAUUUUCUAACAUUGGACACGAUCAAGUUCAAACUCCCGCCGAAGAGUCAAAGAACCAGUUCGAAUCUGGAAGCCCUGCCUUCAACUCAAUUUAUUCACAGGCUCUGGGUUUGGUUGAGAAGGAAACCAUGGUUCUUCCUUUUACUACAUCAAAUGGCCAUGUUCAUAUCCUGCGACACCUUCAGCCUGAAGUUAUCUAUCUUCAGAAAGCCCUUUCUGGUCAAGAUGGCAGCAUCAUCACGACUCUCCAGACCUGGCUUCGACAUGACGUCAUUCUGAUUGUUGGUGCAGAUGGUGGUUCUGGAGGUUUGGCAGAUAGUGAAUCUGAGGCGGAGCGAUCUACUAAGAACAAAGAGUGGUGGCAGCGAUCUGAAAGGGUUGGAAGAGGACGUGGAGUUGUGGUUGUCGAUAGUAUGAGGCUAAAUGACGAUUGGGCGCGUCGAGUUCAGGGACGUGAGUAAGGCCAACGCGUCUUGCGACAUAGCACGAGAUACCAUGAACCUAUCUAUUUAGUAUAUGUCAGAUUCUUGCAAACACGAGCACGCGUGUGUACUUUCUAAAUCAAAGUCUAUUCAAUUAAG